GGCCUGGCCAUGGCGGCUAUCCGCAAAAAGCUUGUGGUGGUGGGCGACGGCGCGUGCGGUAAGACGUGCCUGCUGAUCGUGUUCAGCAAAGACGAGUUCCCCGAGGUGUACGUGCCCACCGUGUUCGAGAACUACGUGGCCGACAUCGAGGUGGACGGCAAGCAGGUGGAGCUGGCGCUCUGGGACACGGCCGGCCAGGAGGACUACGACCGGCUGCGGCCGCUCUCCUACCCCGACACGGACGUAAUCCUCAUGUGCUUCUCGGUGGAUAGCCCGGACUCGCUGGAGAACAUCCCCGAGAAGUGGGUGCCCGAGGUCAAGCACUUCUGCCCCAACGUGCCCAUCAUCCUGGUGGCCAACAAGAAGGACCUGCGCAACGACGAGCACGUGCGCAACGAGCUGGCGCGCAUGAAGCAGGAGCCCGUGCGCACCGAGGACGGCCGCGCCAUGGCCGUGCGCAUCCAGGCCUACGACUACCUCGAGUGCUCGGCCAAGACCAAGGAGGGCGUGCGCGAGGUCUUCGAGACGGCCACCCGCGCCGCGCUCCAGAAGCGUUACGGCUCGCAGACGGGCUGCGCCAACUGCUGCAAGGUGCUCUAAGCCCCCCUGCCCCCGCCCCCGUCAGCCCGCGGACCUACGGACUCACGGACCGCCUCGCGGAGAUGGAGGGGGGAGUACGCGGGUGCCCCCUCGGGGGCCUGGGCCCAGGCCGGCCACUCUCCAGCAGAGCCCGCCCCGCCCCCGGCCCUGCUGCCGAGCUCGACUCCCUCCCCCCAAUCUCCUUUCUUUCCAGUCCCCCUCCCGCCUCGGUGCGGGCCUGGCUGCUCCCCGGGGGCGGGGGCGGGGGCGGGGGCGGGCGGCUGUGCUCCUUGGCAGCCGGGACUGUGAAAGGCCUGCAGACCUUGUGGGAGGGGGCGGCGACACUGACUUAGCCCCCGCCAAGGUUGGGGCCCGGCCUGGCUUAACCCGCCGAUCCAAACCCUUGUGGGGGGUGGGGUAUGCGUGUGACCCAAGUGGACUUGGUGCCUGACCGGACACCCGCCCCGUUGGCUUCCUGGAUGGAGAAGGGGGGCUUCUUUCCGAGAGACAGCUGCUGAGCCAUCCUUUCACAAAGGCCUCCUUUCUCCCCGCGCUAGCCGGGGCCGGGCCCCUCCCGCCCUGGGUGUCGGCUCCUCAGCCAGAAGACGCCGCACCGCGCACUGAUUUCUGGGGGGGAGCGGGGGAGGGGGCACGCGGCCAGUCGGGGUCUCUGCUAAUGAAACCAUUUCCCCGGGCGGUGGCCUGGGAGACUGGGCCGGGGCCUCGCUGCCGCCCCUUUUUUGUCGUCGUUGCCGCCCCUCCCCCCGCGGUACUGACUGGGUUUCUAGUUCCUUUUUUAAAUAAACUGACCGUUCGUCGCCGGUGAUGACCACUUCCCUCAGUCAAGUUUACAUGCCGUGCCCGGAAGCUUGUGCACAAAGGGGUUUGUCCGACAUUAAACCAUUUCUGCCAUUUCCCGA